AUGGAAGGGCGUGGCCUGACUCUACGCAGCAAGUCGCGUCGGCGACCCCAGAUCAGCGCCCCGAAGCCCAUCUCCGGACCGCUCCCUGCCAACAGCAAGGCAUCGGGCGCUGGUCUGCCCUCGACCCCCCGGGAGAGACCGCAGCAGAGCAGCGGUGCGACCUCUGAUCUGGUCAAGAGACGCUAUUCCACGCGAUUCAACCAGCCUCCCGACUUAGAUCCCAAUGCCCCGCCGGUCCCUAGCCUCCCAGACCCCAAGACAUACGGUGGUGCAGGAGCUUCGCCCCCUGGCGGCAAACCGUCGACGGGCUCAUCCCAGCCGCCCCGCGUCGACCUCAAGGCCCUGAGGGAUCCCAGCCUACCGGUUGAGAAAUAUGUCGCCAGCUUGCUUGCCAAUGCCUCCGAAGAGGAGAUUCAAGACUACCAGGAGAGUCUACGGAAAGUGAGGAACCGGACAUCGACGGACCUGCAGCAGAAUGUCUACCAGAAUCGUACGCAGUUCAUCAAGAUCAGCAAAGAGGCGGAGAAGCUGAAGGGGGAGAUGCGAACUCUCCGCACCUUGAUGUCGGAGCUCACCACCGCCUUGGGCCAGACGAGCAUUGCCAACGGGCCCAACCCCCUGUCUCCGGCUGAUGACCGUUUCUCCAAGCGCGCCAACCGAAGCUCGGUAGCAAACCUGGAGAGCAUGUGGAACGUGCAAUUGCAGACACUAUGGAAGACAGUCGAAGGGUCACAGAAAUUCCUGCCUGCUGUCCCUGGCCGGCAUAUCGUCUUAGAAAGCGGUCACUGGGUCGAGCUGGAUUCGGCGACAUGGAAGCCUAAACGGCCAGUGCAUAUCGAUAUCGACAUGAUCGACUUGGGUGCCAACCUUGGCUCUGGGCCAGCGCGUGCAGAGGCAGAAGACAGAGGAGUCAGCCACGCCAUCAACAUCCGCUACGGGUCCCAGUCCUAUACAUAUCGAUACGACCAGCGCACCAAUUCAGCCAAGAAUGAACUCUUGGCCACGUUCCGGAAGACAGUCGAGGAUCUCCGCAAGACACUUCGUGCAGAAACAGAGGCCGCAAGCAAUGGCUAUCUUGGACGGAGAGAUCGGAAGUCGGAGAUAUUUGAUGGGUUAGAAAACUCGAAGGACAAACCAGAGGUCCGCAUCGAUGUCGAUGGCAAGCAAUACAAUCUCCGGUGGGUGGAGGGACAGCUGGACGAGCUCGACAUCGAAAUUGCGCUGCAGCAUUUCGAGCAAGCGGUAUCCAGCGUCGAGCGGCUGCGGAAACUGGCUCGAGGGCUCAAGGGAAACACGACCGCGCAGGAUAUCAUCAACAUGAAGGUCGACGAAAGAGCGACGAAGCUGGCGAGCAUGCUCACGCGGGCGUUAGUAGACACGCAUUCGUUCCUCAUGGCCACCAAAACCAACGUCGGAUGGCUGAGCCGGCUAGGAUUCGAGGAUCGAGCACGCGAGGCGUACUUGCAGGCACGAACCGAGGUCAUCCACAAACGGGCAAGGCAAUGCGUCUUCGAAGGCGACCUCCCACUCUACAUCUUCCAGAUCUCAUUCGUGUACUUCACACUGAUCAAGAACACAAUCAGCAUCUACCAGCAAUGUUUUCCACCCGUGAUGACGAGCGCAUGCAUCAAAUGGGCCAAGGAGCACCUGGACGAGUUCAACGCCACGCUGGUGCGGCAGCUCAGCAGCGUGCAGCGCGGCACAUCCGUGUGGCAGAAAUGCAUGGACAUCGUGGACGAGCACGCCAACAUGCUGACGGAAGUAGGCGUCGAUUUCAAGGAUCUCAUUGGCAAAGGCCUGGAUGCGGUAGUUGGGGAUACAGGUGGUGGUAGUAGUGGUGGUGGUGGUAAUGGUGGUAACAAUGGUGCGGAGGAAUCCGAGGCGCAGGCCGCCAAGGAUCAGUCUUGA